AUGAAGAUUUUUUUCCGCUACCAGACGUUUAGAUUCAUCUGGCUCGCCAAACCAUCUGGCCGGCACUUUCACAGAAAUCACCAGCUUGGGGCACCUCUGACUCUUGCUGACUUGGAAGCCAUAAAUCGCUGUGAAAAGUUUUUGCCUAAGAACUUUAAUUUUGCUGGGGACGUGCUGGACCAAUGGUCUCAGAAAGAGAAGACAGGGGAGAGACCUGCCAACCCAGCCCUGUGGUGGGUGAAUGGGAAAGGGGAUGAGGUGAAAUGGAGCUUUGGAGAACUGGGGUCUUUGUCCCGAAAAGCUGCCAAUGUGCUCACCAAGCCCUGUGGACUGCAGAGAGGAGACCGAGUGGCUGUGAUUCUGCCCCGAGUCCCUGAGUGGUGGCUCAUAAAUGUGGCUUGCAUGCGCACAGGGCUUGUCUUCAUGCCAGGAACAACCCAGUUGACUGCAAAAGACAUCCUCUACCGACUGCAAGUGUCCAAGGCCAAGUGCAUCGUGGUCAGUGAGGAGGUAGCCCCGGCAGUAGAGUCCAUUGUGUCAGAGUGUCCCAACGUGAAGACCAAACUUCUGGUCUCGCCACACAGCCGUAAUGGGUGGCUCAGCUUCCAGGAGUUAUUUCGAUCUGCCUCUGAAGAGCACCACUGUGUGGAGACAGGAAGUCAAGAACCAAUGGCCAUUUAUUUCACCAGUGGGACCACAGGUUCUCCUAAGAUGGCCCUGCACUCUCAGAGCAGCCUCGGCAUUGGAUACACCCUUUGUGGAAGGUACUGGCUGGACUUGAAGUCCUCAGAUAUUAUAUGGAACAUGUCUGACACCGGCUGGAUCAAGGCUGCCAUUGGCAGUGUGUUUUCUUCCUGGCUUCAGGGAGCCUGCGUUUUUGUCCACCGAAUGGCCCAGUUUGACACUGACACCUUCCUAGAUACGCUCACCACUUACCCCAUCACGACCUUGUGCAGUGCACCCACUGUGUACCGGAUGCUUGUGCAAAAGGACCUUAAGAGAUAUAAGUUCAAGAAGCUGCGACACUGCUUGACAGGAGGAGAGCCACUCAACCCAGAAGUGCUGGAACAGUGGAAGGCACAAACUGGGCUGGAGCUGUAUGAGGGCUAUGGACAGACAGAAGUGGGAAUAAUUUGUGCCAAUCAGAAAGGACAAGAAAUUAAACCUGGCUCAAUGGGGAAAGGAGUGGUACCCUAUGAUGUUCAGAUUAUAGAUGAAAAGGGCAAUAUCCUACCACCUGGCAAAGAAGGAGAAAUUGCCCUCAAAAUAAAGACUACACGGCCCUUCUGUUUCUUCUCUGAAUAUGUGGACAAUCCAGAGAAAACUGCUGCCACCAUGAGAGGAAAUUUUUAUAUCACUGGAGACAGAGGCAUGAUGGACAGCGAUGGGUAUUUCUGGUUUGUCGGCAGAGCUGAUGAUGUCAUUAUAUCCUCUGGCUACCGCAUUGGGCCAUUCGAGGUGGAGAGCGCACUCAUUGAGCACCCAGCAGUGGUGGAAUCAGCUGUGGUCAGUAGUCCAGAUCCACUUCGAGGAGAGGUGGUGAAAGCUUUUGUUGUCUUAUCUGCACCCUUUAAAUUUUCCAACCUUGAGAAAUUAACUCUUGAGCUUCAAGAUCAUGUGAAAAAAUCAACUGCACCUUACAAAUAUCCAAGAAAGGUGGAAUUUGUUCAAGAACUCCCAAAGACAAUCACUGGGAAAAUCAAAAGAAAUGUUUUAAGAGACCAAGAAUGGGGACGAGCAUAGCCUGAAAGAAAAUCCAGGGAUUAAGUAGUAGCGUGGUUGCUUUGUUUCAGUACUUGCUUCCUGAUUAUUGAGUGACAAUUUUAAAAAUGCUUAAGACUUUUCUUGGUUGAAAAGUGGGGAUUUUUAGUACUUAAGCCAAACACUAAUAAGUAAAUAAAUAUCUAAAAAUAUUGGGGAAGGAAACUGUUAUAAUGACCAAAUUGACAAUAAAGACUGAUUUCUGUAGUGUUUAAAAUAGCAGGGAUCAAAUGAUUACUUAGAAUACACACAAUGAAUCUGUAUUUAUCUUGUACCUGAAUAAUCUGAAAUAAAGAACUAUUCUAAGAGAAAUGUUCAAAAUAGAAUUUCUUUUGCUUAACAUCCUAUGAAAUCAAUACUUCAAGGUAGAUUAAAAUACUAAUGUUAAGAUGGAGAAUAUAAGUAAUUCAAAAGCCAGCAAGUUAAUUUAAUUAAAUCAAGUACUGUUCACAAUACCUCAUUCUGAAGUAUACUCACCAGAGUAUCUGAAACUUGGAAUACUCAGGGGUAUUAAUUAUUAAAAGGAAUUAAUAAAUUUUUAAUAUCUUUUGUUAGAAUCACAUAUAUGACUGUUUUAAUACAUCGCUUGAUAUAUAAAAAUGUUUUAUGACACGAAUACUACAAGUCAAGAGAUUUACCAAGAGGGAGAAAUAAACAGUACAGAACACCAAUUUCUAGGGAGCAAAUUUAUUUUAAUUUUUCUGAAAAUACCAGGAACUAUGAAAACCAAGCUGAAAAUCUGGCCAUACCAAAAACAAAAUACAAAUAAAAAUAGUAUUUCAGAAUCAUGUCUAACUUUGGAGGAACAUGUUUUAAAAUAUCAAGUUCAACACUCUUCUAUAGAGCAAAACAAGUUUACUAAAUCACAAUACUGGAGUUUUUUUUUUUUUUUAAUUUAUUUUUUUUUUUUUUUUUUUUUUAAUAAAAAGCUAAAAGAAAAAAGAACACUCAAUUCCCAUCCUGGAAUCUUGUCAUUUAUAAAAUAUACUCAGACAACUGUGAAAGUAAACAACUAAUAAACCUGAAAACAAAGUUUUCAAUAAAAGUCCAGAUUCCAAUGGAACACAGUACUGUACAGCUGGGGAAAAGAAGCUUUUACUCCAAGCCUUACCAGAUACAAAUAAAUACAAAAGUCAAUUAAAAACAAAAUAUAAAAUUAAAAUCAUUCUGGAGUAGCAGCUUCACAAAGCAAAAGAAACUCAGUUCCACAGAGUAUAUGUUCUGUAGGUAUUUGGUGAAUUUUAUUCCCAGCGUCCCUUUGUCUUGCACUAAGAAAAUAAAAGUAGCUUUGUCUUGGACCAAGUCCACUGAAGGCACCAAAUUCUUUCCUCCCUGUUCCUCCAAAUGAUCUUAACAGUACUCUGGAGAUCAUUUCGAGUUGACUUCAUUUUAAAUAUCUGAUGAUAUACAACCAAGUUUCAUCCCCAUUUGCAUUAACAAGGUCCUGCCUAUUCUGGUCUCUCCCAAAUCUUUCUGGUCUGGUUUAACAAGCAGAACCACCAGCUAGAAUGACAGAAAUCUAUUCCUAUGUUCACUAGCCACUAAAUAAGCAUAGUCAAUUGUGUGGGAAGCCCUAACAUUUAUACAACUUAUCUUUAAAACUUAAGAAUAAACCGUUCUCUAAAAGUUAUUAUCUUUAAAGUGCCUUAAUAGGCUCAUUCUGAAGUUUAUUUUGCAGCCCUUGUGGGUGUCUGUCUUUUUUAAUCAUUUUAUCCAGGAUGAGCACUGAAAACACUUUGAAAUUCAGGAAACCCUCACAAUACGAAUGUGAGCACUAUGUUGAAGAUACUCUUAUUUUGAAGAAAUCCAACGAUGGCCAAAUUCCUUCUCUUCUCUGACAAAAUUUCAGGCAGAAAAUUUAGAGAAAUCCUUAUCUUGGCAUAUCUUAGUACUGAAAAAAGGAGGGGAAAUGCUAUUUAAUUUGGUUGUGUUCUUCCAGGUAGGUUUCAGUAGGAUUUGAGACUACUUAGAUUCUUUCAUUCUCCUUCUCAACUGGCUGAAGAAACAUUUUGAGUUUUUUUGGCGAUGUGAUUGUUCUAAAAUCAGUUUCCUUUUCAAUUUAAGACUCUUGUCACUUAAAGAAAUAUUUUUUCUUUGGGAUCUUGCAGAAACUUACUCACUUAUUCAGGCAAUGAUAUAUAUUUAACUGCUAAUUAAGCUAGUUUUCAUAGCCCUUCUUCAUUUUCAAUGCACUGAGCAAAAUCUGGCCUACUACUUUUGUGUAAAUGCUUUGGCCAUUCACGUUUCAGCUCAUGUAUUCUACUGAAAACUCUUCCUCUGAUAACCUCUAGAUUUCUGGAUGUUAGAGAUUUGUGUAUUCUUUGUCCAAUUUUACUUUGGGGUUUGUUUGUUUAACAUUCUUGCAUAAACAGGUCUUCAAUCAAGUUAACCAUUUUUGAAGCAUUAUUCAGAACUUUCUUUAUUUUAUCCCUAAGAUUUUUGUUUUCUUAUAGGGAGAGUGGGGAGCAAACAGAUAUUCUGAUUGGGUCUCACCAUGUCAUGAUGCUCCUGCUCCAGCCUCCUCUCCAGCCAUAGGCACAAGCCACUGUACCAAGCCCACCUAGACUGGUCAAGGGACCAAACCCACGCCUCCCAUUCAGAACCAAUCUCACGCAGCAGCACCGUACCAAUGAUGCCAACACAACUGGGCCACUCCCAAGUUUUUGCUAUCAGCAGCAUGCUACUAUAAUGUCAACAUUUUUUAUAAGGCAAAACUUGUCAUGCAGUCAACCACUGUGGGGUACCAGGAGUACAGAUAACAGAACUUUGGUUUUCAGAUAUAAAGACACAACAUUAAAUAUACAUUUGCCUUUGUUUCAGGAGACUCCUAAUAGCAGAAAAAGUAUUUUUAAAUUUCACUAUCAUUUAUAGAACUUACAAAUGCUAUAGGAUGACAAAUACUUGUGCAAUCUGGUGACUUGUCAAUCCAGAGGAAGAAGCUGCUGCUUUUCAGCUAAUUACACAAAAUCUCUUUAGCAUAUUGUGACAUGUCAUCAGUAAGUCAACUCACUAAACUGGAAAUAAAGUCUUUUCAACUUCUUGGACUGUUUCUUGUGCUAACAUUCUAUUGCUGGUAUUACUAAGUUCUUGCCAACUAUGUAAAAAUUUCCUUUUUUGGGAUAAAUUCUGCUACUAAAGAAUUUGCUUCUUAAGCCUUUUCACUCAAUGUGCUAUUUUUAAACAAAAGCUUUGCUGUUUUGAUAUUUUGAAAGGCCUUUAAAACAAUCAACAUCCUUACUUGUGUAAUGGCUAUGAUUUACAGUUAGCUGUAGCAAUUGCUAAAUUUGUAAGCUGCAUGGCCAGACACUGCACAAAGGACAAUUAAGACUACAAGUCCAAAUAAAAUCCUUGAGAAGUAGCUUUCAUUAUAAAGAAUUUCUUUGUGUCUCCUGUACGAGGGUAUGCUGAGUAACUCAGAUUAGAAUUCUUCCUUCCUAAUCUUAUCAGAAACAUGUGUAAGUCUCUGCCUACAGCGGUCCUCUUCUAUUUCACAUCUUGCC